GUUUCCACAAAUGACGUCACGAGGAUAACAUUUAACAACCAGUUUCAAACCGAAACAUCUGACAGAUAACUAGAGAAACAACUCUUCAAUCUCUCCGUGAAGGCUGAAUCAGAUAGCCUCUAUCUUCUCUACACACCGGAACACCGGAACACCGGGGAGGAAAGAGGCUAGCCGGGCUAAGCUCAGCUAAGUGUAGCUACCGUUGAAUAGGGAACAUUAGCCGGGAGCUAGCUGGCGAGUUAGCAGCAUAAAGUCAACAGCACUUGAUCUUUAAAGAGAGAUCUGUUAGUAUGGAGAAUAAAUAUAACCUCAAGAGUCCAGCGGUUAAGAGGCUGAUGAAAGAGGCUGCUGAACUGAGGGAUCCCACUGAGCACUACCACGCCCAGCCACUGGAAGAUAACCUCUUUGAAUGGCACUUCUCCGUUCGCGGGCCCCCAGAUUCUGAUUUCGAUGGCGGGGUUUACCACGGCAGGAUCGUGCUUCCCCCGGAGUACCCCAUGAAGCCCCCCAGCAUCAUCCUCCUCACGCCGAAUGGAAGAUUCGAAGUUGGGAAGAAGAUUUGUCUGAGCAUCUCUGGCCACCAUCCAGAGACCUGGCAGCCCUCCUGGAGCAUCCGAACCGCCCUAAUAGCUAUAAUCGGAUUCAUGCCAACAAAGGGAGAGGGAGCAAUAGGAUCUCUUGAUUAUACUCCAGAAGAGAGGAGGGCCCUCGCCAAAAAGUCCCAGGACUUCUGCUGUGAGGCGUGUGGCUGCUCCAUGCACUCUGCCCUCCUGGCACUGACCCCCAACAGCAACCCCAGCGCAGAGGACCACAAGGCUAAAGAGCUGGCCCAGCAAAUCAACUUCAAGGCAGAGUCCAGUUUAUCCAGACAGGCCAGUGAGAGCGGAGGUGCAGAGAGCGAUCCUUCCACACUCACCGAGGGAGACACCUCUACCUCCACGUCUGCAGGCCAGGAAGAUUCUGAAGAGCCCUGGGCUGAGCAGGCAGAGGCGUCUCCAGCCACAGGACUAGAGGAACCCCUGCCCCCUGUGGCCCCCGGCACCGGUCGCCCUCUCAGCCCCCGGCAGCGUCGCACCCAGCAGCACGGGCAGCAGGGCCAGAGAGACACCGGUAGAGAACCAGCCAGCAGGCCGCUCUUCGCCCCGGCUCCUCGCCAACCUCAGGACGAGAGCCACGCGGGCUCCGUAUUCCUCAUCGUGGUGCUCACUCUGGCCCUGGCCGCACUCAUCUUCCGCAGGAUCUACCUGGCUAACGAGUACAAGUUUGACUACGAGCUGUGACCACACACUUGGCCGCCCCGCCCCCCCCCCCCCCCCCCCCCCCCCCCCCACCACCAACCCCCCCUGCUACCACGCUAACAGAACUCCAGCCAGCUGAAUUGGAACCAGAGCCGAGGUGGUGGCUGACGGUGACUUCCUGCUUGUCAGCAGAGGGUUGGGUCUCCACUGGGGGGGGGGACUUUCAUUCCUGCAGAGGAGGCGCUCCACUCACCACAACACCUCCACGGUGUCUUUUAAUCAAUGUGAAUUAUUUUACUCUCCAGAGGGUCAUGCAUUUUUAAAAACGGGAAGCUUUGUUGUGUUUGUGAUCAGUGCAGCAGCCACACACACACACACACACACACACACACACACCACACGUACACUGUCCUGGGGCUGCCGCUUGUUCCCAUUAUUUAAUUCAAACUGUAAUAUGAUAUGUAAACAAGGUUAUGGGGGAUUUCUGUCUUAAAGUCAUGACUUAAUCAUGGAAGCAUCUGCACAGAGUGGAUCUGCUUUAGUGACUUCUUCUUGAUGUGCUUUAACUUCCUGUUUGGUCAGGUCAGUCACACCAUACGGGACUCUAUUUAAACGGUGCGACUGCAACAACAACCACUGUGUGGGCGUCUUCACGUGCACCCGCUGUUUGGGUUCAUAUGGGUGAUAUGGAAUUGGAUAUAGAUAUGGAGGUCUGAAUUCUCAUGUGUCUCGCGUCGUAAAUGGAUCAUAUUGUAAUUAAUAUGAUAUGUCUACAGGAAUAAAACAUGAAAUGAAACUGUUGUUUAAAAAGUUGGAAAGGAAGCAGUGAUGAGGCGGAGAAAUGAUGAGCCCUGGUAAUCUGAUGUGUGCCACAUAAACAGGCCCAAUGUUGGGUUAGAAGUGACCAGUCUGAUGUGUGUAGAGGUGUGUGUGUCCUGCCGCCUUCAGAUGGCUGCAGGGAUUUAAUGAAAUGAAGGAGAAGCUUUAAAGCAGCUGUGAACAACAGAUCGAUGCAGACUGCUUUACCAACAUUCGUGUGUUACACCAUGUUCCUUGACCGUUGUAAUGUGUGUCUGCAGGGAUGCUGUUGAAGGGAUGUUAUCACAGUUUCUACAAGUAGAGGAGAGCGGGCCUCAAGGUCACAAUCUCACACAAACCAUCCAAAAAUGUGACCUUACUGUAGCUAGGAAUAGAAAUGUUCCAUCACAAUAUUGUCAGGUAUUUUGCUGACCACCUGAUCUGCUGAGAGUCAACAGAAGCACAGCGGAAGACGGACUAUUUCUGACACUGGCCAUGAGGAUAUGAGCCUACUGUACCUGGAAAUAUUGUCAGGUACUUGCCCUUUCUUUCAUUGCUUUUAGAGCCUGAAUAACCUAAAUAUAAUAGAAUCAUAUAUCUAUCUAAUAUCUAAUAACAGCUACUUGUAGCGUGACAGUGUCCUUGCAGCAGCACCUCCUGCGGUCACAGGGGAACUCUACCUACACGUCACAGUGUGUUUCCAGGUGUUGGGGAGUUCUAGUAUAAAUCCUUUAGUGUCUUCAGAGGGAGCUGAGUGAAGUCUGAGAAGAGUUAGAAAGAAGUGAUAUCAACAGACCUCUGUAGGUCCCUGAGGCUCCAGGCUCCAUUAGCUGCUACUAGCAGAACACAAUUGAGACUCCAACCAAACUGUCCGUGCCCGAGUUGCAUUGUGGAUAAUGUAGGUGCCCGGUUUUGACAAGGAAAAAGAAUGUGUGGAACUACUGUAUGAAGACGUUAUCUCUAGUUCUGCUGCAUCAACUUUGAAACCUUUUUGGAUUUGUAACUCUUGAGUCUCACAGUGUUACCGUGCAACGCUAAAUCAGUGGUCACAGAUGUGGUGUAACACCUGCUAUAAUCACAUUAAACUUUCAUUUUAAAGCCAA